GAUAUAGCGAGAGGAUGGGAGAGUAGAAGUGGAAAGAAGCCUUUUGUUAUUGCUGGGUUAGCCAUCUAUGGUUAAGAUGUGGCGAUAUGAAGCUCUGGGUUGUAGGCAUCACCUUGGACAGCUCUUGCUGGUAAUUGCUGUUUGCUUCCGCUCUUUGGCAGAUGGCCUCUUUGUAACGGAUUAUUUCACUCGGACACCAAGGAAACUGAAUGCCUUUAGGUCUUUUGCCAGUGUAGAGUUGUUUCAUUUUCAUGUGCCUGAAGAUACUGUGAUAGCUGUCUGGAAUCUAAUCACCUUCAAGGAGCAGGGUGGCACAUUUGGGGACCGCUGCCCAGAUAGGAGUGUUACCGUGUAUUUUCGAUCUGGAGCCCCACCGGUGAUCAAUCCCCUUCACAGACAUUUUCCUAAAGACACAUCAAUCCCUGGAUCCUUUGCAGUAACACUAACAUGGACUCUUCCAAACCGGACUACAGGUGUGUUCAAUGUCACCAGUCCACUACCAGGAGAUUGGUUCCUUGCUGCUCAUCUCCCAAAAGAUCAAGGGAAAAUUUCAGUCAAGGGGCUGCAUGAUGAGUGCCAGUACCUGUUCCAGCCACAGUUAAUCGUGCAGAGAUUGAUUGGUAUUCCUGUAUUGUACCCAGGAUAUACAAUUGAACAAAUCAUACCAAGCCACAAUCGAUCAGCACUAUAUAAAGUAUUUAUACCAAACUACAUAUCAAAGGUGCGAGUUCAGAUACAGGAUUGCAGUACCAGCAACAAAACAACAGAUGGGUGCCCAGUACUUGUAAAGGUCAGGGCAAAGGCUCCUCCUCUUCAUAACUCUUCAUACUUGGAUUGUAGGGAUAGGCCAGUAUGUGAUCUGGUAGUCGACCUUCCUUUCUGGCAGCAGUGGUAUUACAUUCUAGUGGAGAGAUCAGGAGGGAACAGCAAGAUCUAUUUUCAAGCAAAGGUACUGAUCAAAGAUUGCGCAAAGCCAGGCUUCUCAAAAAGUGCAUCAGUACCCCCAAGUUCAUCACUUAACAUGCCACAGUCUUUUGGCUCCACGGGCAGUCUGUCUCUUACUGAAAAUCUUCCGUUUCUGGGUGGGCAAACACCACUGCAACAAAAUGGCUCAGAAAAGAGUGCCACUUCCAGUCAGGAAGAACAACCAAAUCCUCAAUCUCCCCUUUCUGCAGGUGAUCGAUGCUGGCCCAUUAGACCUACCCUCAGGAAUGAACUUGACACAUUUUCUGUGCAUUUCUACAUCUUCUUUGGGCCCAACGUUUCUAUACCACCUGACAGGCCAGCCGUGUUUGUCAUAAACUUGAUGCCUGUCUUAGACAGUGGAGGAGUGCUGAAUUUGGAACUCAAGCUCAACUUGUCUUCACUGAAAGGAGAAAAUGUGACAGUUACUGGCUGCUUAAAUCACGGGAUGCCUCUCAUGUUAGACAACACUUCUAUAACAUGUCACUCAGACUUUUCUGCAGGGUUUGUUUUAACUGUGAAUACUACCUCCAACACCAGCAAGUUGCGGCUUCCAUAUCCUCAGACUGGCACCUGGUACCUUAGCCUGCGAUCUCUCUGUACCACUGAGCAUGGUAGAGUUGACUCCUGUGGGAAUGUGACUGCAGAGGUGUAUCUAAGAACCUACCUCACUCCUUGUAUUAAUGAUUGUGGCACCUAUGGACAAUGCAAACUGUUGAGAACCAAUAACUAUCUGUAUGCCGCCUGUGAAUGCAAAGCAGGUUGGGAUGGCUGGGGUUGUACAGAUAACUCUGAGGCCUAUUCGUAUGGUUUUCAACUUCUUUCAACUCUCUUACUGUGCCUGAGCAACUUGAUGUUUAUGCCACCAGUUGCCAUAGCAAUCCGGAACCACUACCUCCUGGAGGCCUCUGUUUACAUCUUUACCAUGUUCUUCUCAACGUUUUAUCAUGCCUGUGACCAACCUGGAAUAGUCGUUUUCUGUAUAAUGGAAUAUGACGUGCUGCAGUUCUGUGACUUUCUGGGGUCACUGAUGUCUGUCUGGGUCACUGUCAUCGCUAUGGCAAGGUUGCAAUCUGUUAUGAAACAGGUCCUGUAUUUGCUGGGGGGUAUGCUUCUAUCCAUGGCCCUGCAGCUUGAUCGACAUGGACUGUGGAACCUCUUGGGGCCAAGCCUAUUUGCCUUGGGAAUAAUGGCAAUUGCAUGGACUGUCCGUACUAUAAGAAGACGCCACUGUUACCCACCUACAUGGAAGCGUUGGGUUUUCUAUCUGUGUCCAGGCACUUUGAUUGCAUUUUCAGCUGUAGGCCUUUACGCUUUUGUAGAGACCGAAGAGAACUACUUCUACAUCCACAGUAUUUGGCACAUGCUCAUCGCUGGCAGUGUUGGCUUUCUCCUCCCACCUCGUCCCAAGCCAGAUGGAAAAGUUACUCCACUACCACGAAGAAAGGGAUGCGGCUAUCAGUUGUGUGUCAAUGAGCAUGAGGAAAUGGGAUUGGUCGAUCCUGGUACUGUAUCUAUCAAUAGUAUUUGCACAAGCUGAUACAGGCUGUUACUGGCAGAAUGAACUAAAAAUGACUUAGAAGAGACUGAAUGCCAUUUUAAACACUGGAGAGUACCUAACAAGAACAGAAGAUUGUAAUUAAUUGUAAUGGAUACUUCAGAUGAAUGCAUGAACUGUCUAUAUAAACUUUGGUACCAGGCAUUAGUUUUCUUCUCAGUCUUAAGCUGGACCUUUACAUCUUUUUUUUUUUUUUUUUUGUUUCUUGCUGUUAUACAUUUUUCUUGUUUUAUAUGUACUGGAGAACUGUUUUCACUUUAUACCAAAAUGUCAGUUAUGCAAAUGUAUUUAUUUAUAUAUCUGUAUGUAUUCAUAUAUUUAUUUUAUUCAUUUACUGAUGUUCUUAUUCAUUUAUUUGAAUGCAGUCUUAGCCAGAUAUAGAAAUGUCUGGCAGUUAAUAAGUAACGCAAGAACCA